GACUGUGCGGCAGCCGGGGAACGGUUUGGCGGGGACACCGGGCCGCGGCGAGGCCGUCGAGAUGCUCCCUUCCCUGCAGGAGUCGCUGGACCGGGACGACCGCGAGCUGGAGAGCAGCGAGGAGGGCGGCCCCGCGGAGGAGCGCAGGCUCGAGCCGCCGCCCAGCAGCCACUACUGUCUCUACAGCUACCGCGGAAGCAGAUUGGCCCAGCCACGAGGGGACAGUGACGAUGGGAGCCCAGGAGGUGCAAAUGCAGACACUCCCUCUGGUGAUAACUUCAGCCUCUCCUUGGUGGACACUAACCUGCCGUCGGAAGUGGAGCCAGAGCUGCGCAGUUUCAUUGCUAAGCGUCUCUUGAAGGGCGCCGUCUUUGAAGGGCUGGGUAAUGUUGCAUCUGUGGAGCUGAGAAUUCCAGGAUACCGAGUUGGUUGUUAUUACUGCCUUUUCCAAAAAGAAGACCUUCUUCCUGAAACAGCAACAUUGGAUCCUGAACAAAAUCCGUCAGAGUAUGUGGUCUGCUUUUUAGGAGGUUCUGAAAAAGGACUGGAGCUUUUCAGACUUGAAUUGGACAAGUACAUCCAAGGACUGAAAUAUGACAUGAACUGUGAGGAAAGGGGCCUGGAGAAGAACAUCAAGGCGUAUCUGAGCAACUGGUUUGAGGAUGUGGUAUGCCCCAUCCAGAGGGUGGUGGUUCUCUUCCAGGAGAAGCUUACCUUUCUGCUGCAUGCUGCUUUGAGUUACACUCCUGUGGAAGUUAAGGAAUCCGAUGAAAAAACAAAGAGAGACCUUGACAGGUUUCUGAGUGUGGCCAGUCUUCAAGGACUGAUUCACGAAGGCACCAUGGCAUCGCUAUGCAUGGCCAUGACGGACGAGCCCCAGAAGUCUGUGCUCAUUGACUGCAGUGGCUCCCAGCCUCAGUUCCACCAUGCAGGAAGCAACCGGUUUUGUGAGGAGUGGAUGCAGGCUUUUUUAAACGGUGCAGAAGGGGGUAACCCUUUUCUUCUCCGCCAAGUACUGGAGAACUUUAAACUAAAGGCCAUACAAGACACAAACAAUCUGAAGAGAUUUAUCCGGCAGGCAGAAAUGAAUCAUUAUGCUCUGUUUAAAUGUUACAUGUUCCUGAAGAACUGCGGUAGUGGGGACAUCCUUUUGAAGAUUGUGAAAGUGGAACAUGAAGAAAUGCCUGAAGCAAAAAAUGUGGUCGCUGUCCUUGAAGAAUUCAUGGAAGAAGUUCUUGCCCAGAGUGUUUGAUCACGUUUUGAGAUAACUGUAUCACGAAGUUGUAGAGUCAAAGCCCUUGUGUUCGAAAUUACAGUUGUCAUCAUUGCUCAUAGGAUUACCAUUUGAGAUUAUUUGAAACAUUCCAGAUUCUUUUUCUUUUGGUACUUUAUUAAAUAUGAAAACCUGAGGAA